AUGGAACGCGAUGGACUCCUCUCGACACUCAUUUUUGUACUUUCCAAAGUUUAUUGGGGAGACUUUUUCACCCAUCUAGACGGGUUCCAGGGCGUCACAGUCAACGAGCUAUCCAUCCACAUUCUACGAGACUAUGUGCCUGAUUUCAAGCUGUUUACCAGUGCAGUGGCAAAGGGUGGGAAAACAACGUUGUGUUCGGGAAAGAUCAAACACGUCCGUAGCACAUUUGUUGAAUCGUUCGAAUGUCUCAAGGGCUUGGUCCUGCCGGAACAGGUCAAGAACGUCAAGAUGGCAAUGGGCUCACCUCACUGGUUUCAUUUCCGCAGGGUUGUGCGGACCCUUCUGACGUCUACUCUUGUGAUGCUGAAUACCACCACGAUGUCACAGCAGCUUAUCAAGCGGAAUUGGAAGCACUCUAUGCUGCAGGCAUGCGGAAUCUUCAGAUCGAUGAUCUAA